GGUCAAUCUAGAAAGUCAAAAUGUUGGACUUUUGUGGUUCAAAGUGAUAAAAUAUCUGGCAGCCUUUCCUUCAUUGCCAUCGUAUCUUCUACAGCAGGAAAGCUUGUACAAACAGUCUCCCUAAACGUUCACAACUUCUGUUUGAAAUCCACAACCAUGUCCCCACACGCUGUUCCUCCGUCUACACUCGAUUCUCAUACCGCUACCGACGAGUACUUGUUGAACAAAUUCGCAGUCACCUGUAAUGGGUUUCUUCCCGCAGACGCGCCCCUGAGUGUACUACCAAGCGACCACUACCAGCCCUGGGAGCAAGUUAUACAACAACUACCGGUAUUAUUAAGUAAUGGAACUCUCAGAGAGAGGAUCGAAGCUCUGCCAGUACUUUCCACCGAGUACUUAUCCGCAUUAGCGGAAUGGCGGAGAGCUUACGUUAUAAUGGCAUUUUUCACUCAUGCAUACGUUUGGGCGGGACCGAAGGCAGCUGCAAACCUGCCGGCAUCAAUAUCUAUACCGUUUCUCAAAAUUUCACAAUUUCUCGAGCUUCCGCCUAUUCUGGCAUACGCCGCCUCUAACCUGUGGAACUUCACGAGCACUGGCUCGGAUUUUACCGACCUGAAAAGCAUCCGAUGCCUACAUACCUUUACGGGGACGGACGAUGAACAUUGGUUCUUCAUGGUCUCGGUGGCUAUGGAAGCUCAAACUGCAUGCAUUAUUCCGGUGAUGAUGCGAGCUCUCGAAGCCGUUAAGAGUCGUGACUAUGCCAUCAUCACCAACGCACUGGAAGAACUGAGUUCAUGUAUCGAAAAGGUCGGGGCUUUACUGGAACGCAUGUACGAGGGUUGUGAUCCGGACGUGUUUUACCACCAGAUCCGCCCCUAUCUAGCCGGAAGCAAAAACAUGGAAGCCGCCGGCCUGCCCAACGGCGUCUUCUAUCCCGAAACAAAAGACGGGAAAGGGAGCUGGAAGCAACUACGCGGCGGAAGCAACGGGCAAAGCUCCAUCAUCCAAUUCUUCGACAUCGUGCUGGGUGUGCAGCACAAGCACGAGGGCACAACGAACCCGCGCAGAACGGAAACCGACCAACCUCCUAAGGCGGGACCGACCUUCCACGAGGAAGUCCGCGAGUAUAUGCCAGGUCCCCACAAGCGCUUCCUGAUCCACGUGUCGCGCAUGGGAAGCAUACACGAGCUCGCGCUCAUCCCGCCGACGACGACGGAGCAGGAGCAGUUCUGCGCGGCGUAUAAGCGUACGACGGAGACAUUGGGGGAGUUUAGGAAUAAGCACAUCAAGCUGGUUACGAUGUAUAUUGUGCUGCCAUCAAAACGGGCUUCGUGCCGGGGAGUACAGAAGCAGAACUUGGCGACGGCUUCGUCGACAAAGAUGGCGGCCGAUGGAGAGGCAAACAAGGCGGUAGAGUUGAAAGGCACGGGUGGGACGACUUUGAUACCCUUCUUGAAGCAGUCGAGAGAUGAGACCUUGGAGGCGGGGGUGCUUAGGGCAUCAUAGUGUAGACUUACUAACGGCCGGAGAGGGGUGGAAUGUAAAACUUAGCCAGCGUGUCUGCUCAAUCUCAAAGAAUAAUUACUAUAUUACCACAGUAAACAUCUUAG